AUGGAAAACAGCACUGUUUUUUUUUACUUAAACCUAACAAUGUUCAUGAACAUUGGACAUUACCGUUAUCCUACCUUUGUCUUUUGCCUCCUGCUCUACAGCUUUAUUGUGACAGCUAAUCUUGCCAUGAUAUUGAUAAUAAUACGAGAGAAAACACUGCAUGAGCCCAUGUAUGUUUUUAUUGCAUUUUUAUCUGUCAACUCUCUGUACGGUUCUGCUGGUUUCUUCCCCAGAUUCCUCAUGGACCUUCUGUCUGAUACUCAUUUGAUAUCUCGUCCUGCUUGUUUCACUCAAAUCUUUAUUAUUUACACAUAUGCUACUUAUGAACUGACUAUUCUCAGCAUUAUGGCAUAUGAUAGAUAUGUUGCUGUAUGUCAUCCUUUACAUUAUCACAGAAAGAUGAACUCUAAAACUGUCUACACAUUGUCAUGUCUUGCUUGGGUCUGUCCAGCCUGUAACCUUACAGUAAGCCUUUUUAUGAUUGUCAGGCUUCCUCUGUGUGGUAACAAUAUACAGAAGGUAUACUGUGCUAGUUGGAAUAUUGUGAAAUUAUCAUGUGUCACCACUGCUGUUAACAGUAUUGUUGCUUUGUUGGGUGCCAUAGCCAUAGCCUUUCUUCCUUUUAGUUGUAUCUUGUACACUUAUCUGAGAAUAGUGGUUGCUUGUUGGAAAAAGUCAUCAGAGGUCAGGGGGAAAGUUUUGCAGAGUUGUCUUCCACAUGUUAUCUCAUUUGUGAUAUAUUCCAUCACAUCUUUUAGCGAUACUGCACUAAGCCGACAAAAUCCUGAUGAGAUAAAUCCAUUUGUGGCUGUAAUAAUGUCACUAGAAUUUGUUAUCAUUCCUCCAGUUCUAAAUCCUCUUGUGUACGGUCUUAAAUUACCAGAAAUUAGAAAACACAUUUUAAAGAUAUUGUGCGAAAAACCCCAAACUAAAAGAAUUCCUGUAGAACAUUGCCAGAGUCAACAGUGA